AUGGAUCACAACUACGCAGACACGGUGCUUGACCUCUACGACAUCGCCCUUUUGCUCAAUUACGAGCGUGCGUCAACUGAGCCGCGUUUUCGACACGCAAAAUUGCGCGAAGUAGCCACUACUGGCGACUUCAAAACUGUCCGCUUGCUCACCCCAGCCUGGACAGAGGCUGCCGCCAUUCCUCGCGUCGGCUUCAUCUUCGACAAGCCACUGAAGCCUACACACGCAGAGAAAGACGAGCCCGACCUCCCAACCAACAUGCUUCCUGCGUCCCCGUCAGUCGACCUCCGGAAGUUGACGCCAACAGAGCUUGAGACGCAUUACUGGCAGGCACGGAACCACGAUGGAUGCUACAGGACAAUGGCACUCCUCCAGCACUUCAUCGACCUCUUCCCCGAGUUUACGCGCGUGCGUGUGCGGACAGUGGAGAACAACGCGCCGAGGAGCUACACAACGCUCGCAAAUGAACGCCUCAUCGUCGAGAUGAAGCUCGCUAGUCCACGAACCCUGUCAAUGUCGUGUGUCCUUCCUGUCAACACGACCUGCAUCACUGGCGGCGAGCCCACGAUGGAUCAUGCUAUUCUUGGGUUCAGCGCCCCUGGGUCUGACAUCGACACCAUCCUCGACCUCUCCUCAUUGCAAUUCGGAGAUGUGGGCCGUGGUCAUAAAGGUCGGAGCUUGUUCGUCCUCGAGCCAGUAUCUCAAUAUCUCGAUCGUCUUAGCAAGUACGCCGAGGGACACAACUACGACCAGGCCAAGAUCAGCAUGCGAAUCAACGAUGCACCCGAUAGCGAAUGGUUGAAAGAGGUCGCGCAGCGAACAAAGCUUCGGUGGCACAAUCGUGCUACCGACCCCUGGUGUGGCCAUUGUGGUGCCCCGGGUCGAGGACAGCCGCUCAAGAGAUGCUCCAAAUGCCAAAAUGCUCAUUACUGCAAUGCGGAUCACCAGCAGGCUGCUUGGACAUUCCACAAGCAUUUCUGCACCGAGCCGAAGGCGAAGAAUCUACACAGCUCGAAGAAGGCAUCGUUUUAA